UCUUCCUACUUUUAUUUCACUCUCAAUUUAAGUUAAAUAGUUUGUGAAGUUUUAUUAGAGUUCUUGAAAAGUAAAAUUUAUUUUAUUUCUAGGUUUUCUCAUCCUUUCUGAGUGUCAUCAUCUGUAGUCUUUACCGUGGUUUAGUCAAUUAGUAAUAGAGAAGAAUCAUUAACCGGGAGAAUAUGUCAAAUCUACAAAUGAAAGAGGCAGCCCUUAUCUAUCUUGAUAGAAGCGGAGGUCUCCAAAAGUUUAUAGAUGAUUGCAAGUACUAUAACGAUUCAAAGCAAAGUUAUGCUGUCUAUCGAUUCAAUAUUUUAAUAAAUCCCUCUGACAUUGCUGAAUUAGAUGCUGAACUUGGAAAUCACAUUUUACACCAACCUUUAAAAGCUGCUAAAAUUUUUCAAUCAGUCUGUUUUAUUGCUGUUAAGACUCUGUCACUAAUCGGACAACUGCAGACUGAAACUCAAAUUAACAUAGUGCUGAAAUUAACACAUGUGCCUCCUCUGCCAAGUUAUGGCCUUGAUCUUUGUGAGUUUCCACUUGAUUAUACCUCUCAAAGAUUUUAUAUGAUGCAUGGGAUUGUGAUUGCAAUGACAACAAUAACCAAGUAUACACAAGGUGCAAGAUUCCUUUGUUCAGACGAAGCAUGCCCUUUUUCAAAAGGGUUUCAGUAUAUUAGAGUGCAUGUGCCUGGUGCUACAGAAUCCGCAACAGUGAGAAAUGACUUUUUGUGUAAUCUAUGUGCAUCUUCGCUUCAAGAGGACAGAAAAUUCAGAGUUCUUGGUGAUAAACAGAUAGUUGAAAUAAUUACCACGAAGGCACUUAAUGCUUUUCAAGGAUAUUCUAAAACCCAGCCAUUUAGGUUUCAAUCUCUAACAGUUUUCCUACGGGAUGAAUUAGUGAAUAAAAUGAAUAUAGGAAAUGAAUAUAAAAUUAUUGGAAUUCCAGCCUGUAUAAAAACCUCACAAUCUACUGUCUGUAUAGAAGCAAAUAGUAUCUCUUUUUGCAAUCCAAAAGUCUCUUCAGGAAUUAGUGACAACUUCAGGUGUCUCCUCUCCUUAACUUCCAGCUCAUGCUGGAAGUUUACAGCAAUACUUGCCAAUAUAUUUGCAUCACAAAUUAUUCCUCCUGGGACUUACAAUUUGCUCAAGCUCUGUUUGUUGAUGAGUCUAGUACAGACAAGUGACCAUAACAAGAAAUUAGAAGGUUUCCUGGAUAUUUUAAUUAUAACAAGUGACACUCUACUUGUGGACAGGCUUUUGAAUUUUAGCAUAAACCUUGUUCCCCGUGGUAUACAUCAUCCAGUCUGUACUGAAAUUUUUCCUACUCUGUCCAGGAAUAAGUAUGGAACUGGAGCAGUUAGCAUUCAAGCUGGCAGUGCUUUGCUAGCUAAAGGUGGUAUCUGCUUUAUAGGAGAUUUGACCUCACACAAAAAAGAUAAACUUGAACAGCUUCAAUCUGUUCUGGAAAGUAGAAGUCUUACAGUGUACAUCCCUGGAAAGAAGUUUGGAGAUGUUAUCGAUCAACAAAUGACUUUUCCAGUCCAGUGCAGUUUUUGGUCUCUUGUUGAUAUGGAUUCAUCUUCUAGGAGAAAUGGACAAAAAACUAACACUCUGAUUGGUCAAAUGGAUUGCAGUUUGAUUCCAGCUAAUCUUGCAGAAGCCUUUGGAUUAUUGAUUAACUGCAAUGAAUCAUCUCCUUGCCACCCACUUCUUCCUACUGUGCAACAUACUUUAAAGAAAGCCAUUGAUCCUGAAGGACUGUUUUAUGUAGCUUCAAAACAGUUCACGACUGAAGAUUUUGAAAAGCUCCUGGCUUUUGCAAAGAGUUUGAAUGUGGAAUUCAGCUUGGAGGCAGAAAGAAUGAUUCAUGGUUAUUAUCUAGCAAGUCGCAAAAUCAGAACAGAUUCUAUAUGUGGAACAAAAUUAUCAGCAUCUGCACUAAAAUAUUUAGUUUCCCUUUCUGAAGCCCAUGCUCGACUGAAUUUAAGGAAUAAAGUGCUUAAAGAAGAUGUCCUAAUUGCAGCCUUAUUAUUUGAAACAUCGUUGACACUAAAAUAUGGGGCCACUGUGUUUUGUGUUGCUCCAAAUGCUGUAUUUCCAUUCGAACUGUAUGAUGACGAGCAUUUAGAGCAAAGGGAUUUGUAUUUGACUCAGUGCCAACAGCAGCUUCAACAGUUUAUUGCUACAUAUGGACCUGGAACAGCUAUUUUCUCCAGUGAUGAAUAAGUAAUUUGAAGUUUUCUCUUCUCAUUUAAGCAGUGAAAAAAAUGUGCCACUUGGAUCCCACUGUGUUGAGAAGCACUCUAC